CCGCUCCCCGCUCGCAGCCCCGUGCCUCGCUCCUCUCCGAACAUGGCAAAAAUAUCCAGCCCUACAUGGACUGAACAGUGUAUUGAGUCUCUGAUUGCUGUUUUCCAAAAGCAUGCUGGAAGGGACGGUAACAACAGCAAACUCUCCAAGGCCGAGUUCCUUAUCUUCAUGAAUACAGAGCUGGGUGCCUUCACAAAGAACCAGAAGGACCCUAGUGUCCUUGACCGCAUGAUGAAGAAACUGGACCUCGACUCUGAUGGGCAGCUAGAUUUCCAAGAAUUUCUUAAUCUUAUUGGCGGCCUGGCCGUAGCUUGCCAUGACUCCUCUAUUAAGUCUACCUCUUCCCAGAAGUAAAUCAGAGGAGCCUUUGGGCCUGGCCUCCAGCCCCACUCCCUUUCCUUCAGCCUCCCAAUUAUCAUCUACCCCUCACAGCCCACAAAUACCCUGAGCCAGGCACACCCACCACCCCAUGCAGGCCACUCCUGCUGGUAGUAAUAAAACAAUAUUGUUUUUUAAAGCACACACUGGAGAGUCAAAUUUGUGCCAGGGAGGGAGAUGACUGGGAGGAAUAUAAAUUAGAUUGAUGGAAACAGUAACCAGAAGUUGCAAAGUAAAUAGUAAAAAUGCAUCUUGGGUGUAUACAUAAUCAUGACUAAUGAUACCAACAUAAUCAUCUCUAAAUUACUCAAACUGAUGGAG